AUGACAGCAGCCAGUUCCACGUGGCUGAUCACUGGCGCCUCAUCGGGUCUAGGCAAGUCACUUGUCUUGGAAGCUCUCAAGGCUGGACAUCGGGUGAUUGGAACCACCCGCGAUAUCACCAAGGCUAAAACGGCUUGCCCAGAGUUCUCGGCCAAGGGUGGCAUCUGGAUGGAACUGGAUCCUGCCCAAAAGGACGCCCAAGACCAAUUUGCCAAGUGUGCUCAGGAAUAUGAUGUGGACGUCUUGGUCAACAAUGCAGGCUAUGCUUUUAUCGGUGGCGUUGAAGAUACCAGUGAGAUUGAAGUUCGCGAUCAAAUGGAAGUUAAUUUCUAUGGACCUCUUCGCGCCGUUCGAGGCUGCCUCCCCGUCAUGCGCGCAAAAGGGUCUGGUCACAUCGUCCUUAUUAGCAGUGGUGCUGGCUUCAUAGCCCGCCCGGGACGAGGUACCUAUUCAGCCAGUAAAUUUGCCAUUGAGGCCAUGCACGAGUCCCUUUCCCAUGAGGUCAGAACGUUGGGUAUCAAGAUCCUGAUAGUGGAGCCCGGUGCAUUUCGAACGCCUUUCUCUUCUCGCAUCCUCACUCCCGCUCUGUUCAAGGACGGCUUCAGUGAAGGGUACAAGGGCACCGCGGUUGAGCAGAUGAUCUCUGGGUCUCGGCAGAUCACGUCCAUCUCGGAUUUUGCUAAGGGGGAUCCGGAUAAAGCGGCGCAAGCUAUUAUCCAAGCCACUGCUACGGGAUAUGACUUUCUCCGAAUGCCCCUAGGGACGGACUGUGUAGUUGCAUUGGAGACUAAGAUAGGGGAGCUUCAGAGAGACCUGGAGGCCACCAGAUCGAUCGCUGCGUCUACCGACGCCGAGUGA